UUUUCUUACUGGUGAAACGCCAGACCAUUGGCUAUCAAAAGAAACUCUUUCUCGGUGGAAUAAAGAAGUUGCUAAAAUAUCGCUUUAUCAAAAUCGGCCAGGAAACCCACAUUCAACUUCUUAUUUGUAUAGUGUAAUGGCUGAUGAGAGUACAAGAGGAGAUAAGAAAACAGUGCCAGUUUUGCUUAUCGAUAAUACGGCAUACAUGUCAGGAAAUAAGUCUGGUGCCAUCGUGGAAUUUAAUUUGCAGGCAAAUGCAUUUUCGUUCAGAAUCCUGUGUGGUCUAUAUGCACUACAAAUAGCGUUAGUUGCAUUUGAAAAUACUGCAUUUGAAAAAUUAAACACGGUGUCAGGACUAUCUUUGCGAGAACAUCCUCAUAAUCUUCUUCAACUUGUUUACUAUCUACAUGAUGUAUUAGAAAAUAAUACAUUUAAAUGCCUUCUUUCUGGACACUGCGCACAUGAACUUACUGAUCAAGUUCUGUUUUGGCUUGGUGAACUACGAAAUGCAAUUAAUGACCCCUAUAUUAUUUUUGAGGAACAAAUUAUUGAAGCACGUUCAAAUUUAUAUGAUCAGGAACUUACUGCUUUAAUAAAUAAUUUAAAAUCUGGUUUAGAAAAGGCACGAGAAGGAUUUUUAAAGUGA